AUGAGGGCCCUUGAGGCCAGGCCGGGCGAGGGAGAAAGCCAGGGCCCGUCGAAGCCGAAAUCGCCGCAGAAACUCCUCCAGGGGCUGGACUCCAGCGGCUCCAGCGAGGAGUCUGACGAGGAGGCUCUGCGUGCUGUUGUCAUGUUUCUAAGGAUCGUGGUGUCAGGCAAGUGGAGGAAGCUGGCGGAGGGCAUGAAACGCCUGGUGCGUGAGCAGGACAUGGUCGGGCGCUCAGUCAUCCGGUUCUCCAGCGUGGUGGAAAGGGAUGUGAUGCAGUGGUUCGAGUCGGUGCCGCACUUGCUAACCGACCAGGAGUGGGAGGUGCGCGAACGUGCUGGGCUGUCAAGCCUGUCCCACUGCCACUGCCCGUGGGGUGGUCACUUGUUAAAGCUGACCCUCAGUGGCAUCCGGGUGCAGAAUGCUGACACCACCAAGCUACUGCUCAGGCCGGAGACCAGAGCAAUGCAUGAGACGCUGGGAGGUGGCAUCGAGCUGCUGGAGCAGCUGGCACCAGGCGAUGCGGCCGUAAGGCGACCUGUGUUUUGGGGGCUUCUGCAGCAGCUGACCGGCCUGGUGUUCGGUAACACUGAGGCCCCGGGCAUUGGCCUGUCGGAAGUUUCCGUUCCCAUCAUUAGCCAACAGACACUUUGCCGAGCCUGGCCAACAAAUGAAGACACUACCCUCAUGUUCUCCACAAAUCAGUGCGAUCCUGCCGACGCCCUGCUGAUCUGCCGACCACAAACAACUGACCAGGUUGGACUUGUGGGAAUUUUCGCAGUGUCUGCAGAAAAGUUCGACCAAUGGAUAUCAACUCACCACGCGCUGUGGCUCGACACAGCCCUUCGGGCGGCGACGCAGUUCUUGAAUCGGCCGGGGAUCACCGAGUUGCGUGCCCUGGACGCGAACAUGUACACCGUCCUUAGCAUCCACAGCUGCAAGCGAGGGCCCCCGCUGCUGCCGCUGGCACCUGGUUCAACUGAGCCGGCAUCUGUCACGAUCAAGACAGACGAACGGAGUCAACUUGGCGAAUGGAGCCGCACUCCGUUGGGCCCGGAUGGCAAAUUUCGCUUGGUGAGCCUCGUCAAGCAAUUU